CACUAUUAGGUUCGUGCAGAUUUGGUACCAUUAACUUUGUUCAAGAUAUAAUCGAAAUUAUCGAGUGAUUCUAUCACGCAACGUCUUUUUGAGCAUCAAUUGAUUGCUUUCACUGUCGUUACAGUUCCCUCGUCAUUGUACUGUUUCUUCUCAUCCACCACAAGCAAGAAUCGUUCUCUAAUGUCUUCCUUCGAGGCCAUGGCAGCUGCUGCCAAGGAGAAGAUUAUAUCUCGAAGACAAAUCGAAGGUCUCAUCGCAGAUGGCAGGUCUAUCGUUAUUGUUGACGAGGCCGUACUCAAAGUAGAUGCAUGGAUGAAAUACCAUCCUGGCGGAGACAAGGCUAUUAAGCAUAUGAUAGGCAGAGAUGCAACAGAUGAAGUAAAUGCGUGCGUAAAGUAUCUGUCCCACACUUGCACGAUCUCCGGACUAACAAGUCCUUUAUAGGCUACACUCAGCAGAAACGCGAGCAUUCAUGAGCAAAUACCAAAUUGGUAGAGUGGAGGGUCGUUGGAAGAAUUUUGUUCCCCCGAUACAAUACGGAAAGUUUCGGAGCUAUGUUGAAGGCAUGCCAGACGAUUCCGAAGAAGAUAAUAAUACGUUCGAUGAGAGAGGGAGCUCUGACAGCUCAAGACUCCCCUCGCCUACAUUCGAUGAAGACUGUCCAGAGGUACGCAGAAGAGGGCCAGCCAAAGACGAUCGCCCUGUGUCCUCCGCCUCCUCCAUAUCCUCUGCCCCUGACCUGGACGAUGGCAUGUCACACUUCAAUGCUUUGACUCGAGAACAAAUUGAUCUAGAUCAUACCAAAUAUCCUUCCCUUGAUGCGGAUACGCAAGAAGAGAUCGUUCAAAAGUACCGUUUAUUGGAUGAACGGAUGCGUGCGGAAGGCCUAUAUGACUGUAAUUACGCUGCAUACGCCAUUGAAUGCUGUCGUUAUACUUUCUUUGCCUCUAUGGCAGUCAUGUUCUUUAAGUGGGGCUGGUAUGGGACAAGUGGGUUGUUCCUGGGUUGUCUAUGGCAUCAAUUAGUGUUCACUGUACAUGAUGCGGGCCACAUGGGUAUCACCCAUAACUUUACGAUUGACUCUCUCAUCGGUAUUGGACUUGCAGACUUUAUUGGCGGUCUUUCACUUGGAUGGUGGAAGCGCAAUCAUAAUGUCCAUCACAUUGUAACAAAUUCACCCGAGCAUGAUCCAGAUAUUCAACAUAUCCCUUUUUUUGCUGUCACGCACAGAUUAUUGGAAUCUCUGACCUCGACCUUCUAUGAAAAGUGCUUGGAGUAUGACGCAUUCGCGCAAUAUCUGCUCCCGUACCAAUCAUACUAUUAUUAUAUAAUACUGUGCUUUGGCCGAUUCAAUCUCUACCGCCUGUCCUGGGAAUAUCUUCUCCGGGGCCUUGGACCAAAGAGGGGUCCAGCAUGGUGGCAAAGAUGGCUAGAAAUUACAGGUCAGAUUUUCUUCUGGACAUGGUUUGGUUAUGGAGUAGUCUACAAAGGUAUUCCGACAAAUGGUGCCAGAGUUGCCUUCGUCUUGAUCAGUCAUGUGGUUACCAUGCCGGUUCAUGCCCAGAUAACUCUAUCACAUUUCUCUAUGAGCACUUCAGAGCUUGGACCACACGAAUCUUUCCCACAGAAGAUGCUCCGCACGACCAUGGAUAUCGAUUGUCCACAGUGGCUGGACUUCUUUCAUGGAGGACUUCAAUUCCAAGCCAUUCAUCACCUUUUCCCUAGGAUGCCUAGACACAAUCUUCGCCGUGCUCAGAAGCUUGUGUUAGAAUUCUGCAACGACGUGGGCAUCCCCUACGCACUCUACGGAUUUGUGGAUGGCAAUAAAGAUGUCAUUGGUAGACUGGAAGAAGUUGGCAGGCAAGCCGCGAUUCUUGCUAAAUGCCAAAAGAGUAUAGUAGAAAAGGGUGAUAUCCUCCAUGGGCACUAGAUACGUACCAAGGUAAUUGCAAUAGAGAUUCUUUUUCACCCGCAAUGUAUCACUUGUUUGAUUACAAGGAGCGGUGAAUCGCAAUCUUAACACCGCUUUUCCAUGCAUUGAUAUAUUGCCAGAGAAUGUAUGAUCCCGUUUCUCGAUUUCAUAGCCAGUCACUGUUUAACGUUUCGCGAGAGACCCUGCAUACUGCAAACGACUGCAGAUUUU